AUGGCGCCUCGAUUCCUUUUCCAAGCCCUUUUCCUGGUCUGGCAGAUGCCUUUAACGUGCCUUUCACAGUCAAACAGCUCCUUGAAUGCGAGAAACAAGACGGUGAAGAUCCCAGGGUGUGGCACGGGACUGGACCCCGUCUACCGGUACUUGUGCGACCGGCGGGUGGUGUGGGGAAUCGUCUUGGAGACCUUGGCCACCGCGGGUUUCCUUCUCUCCAUGGGCCUCAUGCUCGGCCUGGUCAUAUGGUCUUUGUGCAUGUACGCCAAGAAACAAAGCAGCUGUAUCGGCGGGACGGUGGCCUGCAUGUCCAUGUUUCUGCUCUCUACGGCCGGAAUAUUUGGCAUCACCUUCGCCUUCAUCAUCCAGCUGACCCCGCAGACCUGCCCAACGCGCCUGUUCCUGUUCGGGGUCUUGUUCUCCUUGGCGUUCUCCUGCCUUCUGGCUCGUUGCUUGGCUCUCCUGGGGUUUGCGGCCGCCCAAGGUUGGGGUGAGACCGGCGUGGCGUUAGGCCUCUUCAUGGUGCAGGUCAUCAUUGCGACGCAGUGGUUGAUCGUGGUCCUGGUUCGAGAUGGGAAGCCAUGCGAAUACAAGCAAGAGGAGUUUGUGAUGCUGCUGAUCUACGUCCUGUGCUUGCUCGCCAUCAGUUUGGUGAUCUCCUUCAACCUCAUGUGUCGCUCCUGCAUCACGAGCUACAGCUACUCGGGACCCUCUAAUCAGAACGCACACUUCCAAGCCUUGUUGCUAGCGUUGACGCUCAUACUGUCCGCUUCGAUAUGGGUGGUGUGGAUCGCCAUGCUCACCCGAGGGAACGUUGAGGUUGGGAAGCGACCCGUGUGGGAUGAUCCGGUGCUGAGUAUAGCUCUGGUGGGGAAUGGGUGGGUGUUCCUGAUGGGGCACGGGCUGUCCCAAGUAGCCUUCCUGUGCCGGGGGGAGGCCAGGGCAAAGGACGUUCCUCUGAGCUUUGCAGGCUGGACUAGUCCCUGCGCAGACACGCCGGGACUCAACAGCCCAAAGGAAGGCAAGGAGAACGGGAGCUUUGAGAACGAGGGCGACAGAAGAGGCAGAAGGACGGAGCCCACACUGCGCUCGCCCUACGAAUCGGGCUUCUCCAUGACAGAAAUUGACCCAGAGAGAGACUACUCCAUCCCUCGCCCCUCCACGACAAACUACGAGGAGCCGUACAACGGAUAUUAG